GGCUUCAAUGCGCCUGCGUAAUGAUGGACCCUGGGGUCUGUGCAGUUCCCGCCAAUUCUUGUGGCGUUCCUCGUUGGGUCAAGUUCUGUACUUCAUGGAGUCGUUUGAUCCCGCCGAGCUGCCGGAGCUGCUCAAGCUUUAUUACCGAAGACUCUUCCCCUACGCCCAGUACUAUCGCUGGCUCAACUACGGCGGAGUGAUAAAGAAUUACUUUCAACAUCGUGAAUUUUCAUUCACAUUGAAAGAUGAUAUUUAUAUUCGCUACCAGUCCUUCAACAACCAGAGUGAUCUGGAAAAGGAGAUGCAGAAAAUGAAUCCAUAUAAGAUUGAUAUAGGCGCCGUAUAUUCUCACAGACCCAAUCAACACAAUACAGUGAAGCUGGGGGCUUUCCAGGCUCAGGAAAAAGAACUGGUCUUUGACAUUGACAUGACAGACUAUGAUGAUGUGAGGAGAUGCUGCAGUUCUGCAGACAUAUGUUCUAAGUGCUGGACUCUCAUGACGAUGGCCAUGCACAUCAUCGACCGAGCACUGAAGGAGGACUUUGGGUUUAAGCAUCGACUCUGGGUAUAUUCUGGAAGGAGAGGUGUUCAUUGUUGGGUCUGUGAUGAAUCAGUUAGAAAACUGUCCUCUGCAGUACGUUCUGGGAUAGUUGAGUAUUUGAGUCUUGUAAAGGGUGGUCAAGAUGUGAAAAAGAAAGUUCACCUAAGUGAAAAACUUCACCCUUUUAUCAGAAGAUCUAUAAACAUAAUUAAAAAAUACUUUGAAGAGUAUGCCUUAGUUGGUCAAGAUAUUCUGGAAAAUAAAGAAAGCUGGGAUAAGAUUUUAGCCCUUGUUCCUGAGACAAUUCAUGAUGAGCUCCAAAAAAACUUCCAGAAGCUUCACAAUUCUCUUCAGCGCUGGGAGUAUUUGAAGAAAAUAGUCAACACAUCUCAGAAUAUGAAAAAUGACAAAUGUGGACCAUGGCUGGAGUGGGAGAUUAUGCUCCAGUACUGUUUUCCACGCCUGGAUAUCAAUGUUAGCAAAGGAAUCAAUCAUUUACUGAAGAGCCCUUUUAGUGUUCAUCCUAAAACAGGUCGUAUUUCUGUGCCUAUUGAUUUACUGAAAGUGGACCAGUUUGACCCAUUUACUGUUCCAACCAUAAGCUCCCUCUGCCGUGAGCUAGAUGUCAUUUCCAUUAAUGAAAAGGAAAGAGAGGAGAAUGAAGCUGAUGCCAAACCUAGAACCAGAGAUUAUAAGAAGACCAGUCUAGCACCAUAUGUGAAAGUAUUUGAACAUUUUCUAGAAAAUUUGGAUAAAUCCCGUAAAGGUGAACUUCUCAAGAAGAGUGAUUUACAAAAAGAGUUUUGAAGAAAGCAACUCCCAUCAAUCCAAUAUGAAUGCCUUCUGUCUUCAACCAUGGAUCAGAUACUUCAAGAGUUAUUUAAUAAAUAUGGUAGACUCAUCUAUGUGUUUUAAUGCUUAAAGCAGAAUUUACUUUUUUCAA